CUGGGGUACAGCAGGCCAGCAGGGAUCUGGUUAGGCAGAUAGAGUACCCACAGGUACAGUGGUAGAGACCACAGGAGGGAAGCUGCCUUGUAAGAUGCUGCUGCACGCGGUAGGACCAGUAGGUGGCAGCGUAGGUGGGAAUGAGCGCCCUCUGCUGGAGAAGACAGUAAAGGCAGCCCUGGAUCUGGCAGAGACCCUGGAGCUCCAGACCCUGGCCAUGCCCUGCAUCAGCUCGGGGAUAUUCGGCGUUCCUCUGAAGGUGUGUUCUGAGGCCAUAGUCUCUGCUGUGAGGGACUUUGGGAGGGAACAGCGCAUCCUUACCAAGGUCACUCUGAUUGAUGUGAGUGGAGAGGCAGUGAGAGCCAUGCAGGAGGCCUGUGAUAGGCUGUUACAGGGUAAGAGGGAGUUUCCUGGGUGGGAGGUAGAGUCCAGCACCACCACUACACAUGCUCCUCAGAGAGACACCACUGCUGCCUCCGCCAGGGGAACAGCUGCUCCAGAGGUCUGUGUCCAGGUGGAGAUCAUCCAGGGAACCAUAGAGAAGCAGCAGGUGGAUGCGCUGGUGUCCCCCAUGGUUGGUAGUGACCCUCUCUCCUCCCGAGUGGGUAAUGUCUUGUUGGAUGCAGCUGGACCGGCGCUGAUGACAGCGUUUCUGAGGGAAUCAGGGGAACAGACUGCACCUGGUGACAACGUUCUGGUGGAGGGACUGUCUGGUCUCAGCUCUGGCCGUGUCUUCUUCCUCAGCUGUGCACACUGGGACAACAACUCCCAAGGACCAGCAGUACAGGCUCUGAGGCAGGGUGUAAGGAAAAUUCUGACCUCUUGUGAGAACCGGGGCUUCCCUUCCGUUGCCUUCCCUGUAGUUGGAACUGGUGUGGUUCUCCAGUUCCCUGACAACGUGGUAGCACAGGUUCUGCUAGAAGAGAUCCGUAGGUAUGAGCAGAACCGAGCGAGCAGAACCCCCUUCCUUGUCCGCAUCAUUGUCCAUCCAAAUGACACAGAUUCUACCAAGGCUUUUCAGACUGCCCAGAAUGCUUUGCAUCUCACAGGGUUCGUAUUAGGUACUCGACCAGAGCAAGGAUUGGGCUGCUGGGGAAAACCGGAGGAGGUAAAAGCAGUGCUGGAAACACAAUCUUCGGACAAGAUGAUGUGUUCCUCUCAGACAGUUCCUCCACCUCCUCAACACAGAUAUGUAAAGCUCAUACCAAGAACAUCAAAGGAAGAAACAUCACCCUGAUUGACACACCUGGAUUCUUUGACACUGACAUCCCUGAAGAGGAGCUGAAACCUAAAAUAGUCAAAUGUAUAACAGAGUGUGCUCCGGG